AAUCCCAAUCUAUUACUUGUUUAACAUAUAUAACUUGAGCGAGAAGAAGAAGAAGAAGAAUGGCUACCAUUGCAAUGGAUCCAAGUUUAAGCCUACAGAUUGGGAGAGGCUCAAAUCAACAUGGAGCUGUGCCUGUGAAAGAAGAAAUUCAAGGGCUGAUUAAAGUGUACAAAGAUGGACAUGUGGAAAGACCACAGAUUGUCCCAUAUGUUACCCGAGCAUUGCCUCCGGAGUUGGGUGUGACAACGAAAGACUUUGUCAUCGACAACUUCACAAAUGUUUGGGCACGUUUUUAUGUUCCAAAGUCAAACUGGAAGCUCCCUUUGGUGGUUUACUUCCAUGGGGGAGGGUUUUGUGUUGGCUCUGCUGCUUGGAGUUGCUACCACGAGUUUCUAGGAAAACUAGCCGCCAAAGCUGGUUGCUUGAUCGUCUCUAUUAACUAUCGUUUGGCGCCGGAAAACCCACUUCCUGCUGCUUAUGAAGAUGGGGUGAAGUGUCUCAUGUGGCUAAAACAGGAAGCACUAAAGGGGUGCAGUGAAUGGUGGUCUAAACAGUGCAAUUUGUGUAGCGUCUUCUUAGCCGGUGAUAGUGCUGGUGCUAAUAUUGCACAUAAUGUGGCAACGAGACUUAAUUCAAAUAAUCUUUACCCUUUGACUCUUAAAGGUACUAUCUUAAUACAACCGUUUUUCGGAGGGGAAGCCCGUACAAAUUCCGAAAAGAAUAUGGUCCAAUCUCCUCGCUCUGCCCUCAGCCUACCAGCUUCGGAUACAUAUUGGCGAUUAGCAUUGCCAUGUGGCACCAACCGUGACCAUCCAUGGUGCAAUCCAUUGGGAAAAGGGUCAGCAAAAAUGGAGGAGAUGAAGCUUUUGCCUACCUUAGUGUGCAUAUCAGAGAUGGACAUAUUGAGAGAUAGGAACCUGGAGUAUUGUGCUGCCUUGGGUAAAGCAGGAAAGAAGGUGGAGCAUGUUUUAUACAAAGGUGUUGGCCAUGCAUUUCAGGUUCUUAGCAAGUCUCAACUAUCACAAUCUCGAACAAAUGAAAUGAUAGCUCGUGUCAAGGCCUUCGUUAAUCGGUGAUUAUGGUCUUGUGUAAAUCCAUUUCCCAACUUUUUCGUUUAGUUUGUGUGCAAUUGUCCCAAACCCCAUAGCUAGUAUACUGCUGACGAGGAAAUACAUGCAGCGCACAUCUCUAAAUACUGUGUAUAUAGACAAGUAUAAUUAACAGAUAUAGCUUUAAAGUGGUGGAGAAAAGCUAUUUUUUGGGUUUGAUUGAUGGAUAUGUAUGCGGUUCAAUAGAUUUAAAAAGAACAUCAAAGAAAGACCGAUUGCACUGUAAUAAGCACUCACAUAUAAUUUUAUCUAGAGGUGACCGGCCUCAAAUUCCAUACAUUUA